UAUUUUUAAAACACAAUGCUAGUUCUCCUCUACAUUUUAUUUUACAGGUUAUUAUAGUGUUGCACCAAAGUCCUUUUUCUUUUUUGGUUAAAUGUGCUGCCUGUCCAUUGUUCUGGAUUCUGGAGGAAUCUGUCAAGCCCUGGCUAAGAUGAAGAAAAAUUGGGAGUAUGCUUUUGAAUUCUGCACAGCAACAGGAAAAGGUGCCAAAUUUACAUUCUGGUGCAGGGGAAGAUUCCGUUCUUCAAAGGCUUUGUGCCUGCCAUUUAUGGUUGCUGGACAGCAGGUGGGCCACGUGUCGCCAUCUGUAGCCAAUUAUCUCAGUCAGUAUCCAGCUGUUUUCUCGGUGUCUCAGGGUGACGGUGUGCCUGCUUGCGUGGAACUUAACAAGAAGCUGGCAUCCUAUGAGCAAAGAACUGAUGCUGUGCAAGGAGUACUCGGGGAAAUGAGAGCACAGCAAGACUUCCCUUGCCUGAAGGAGUGGAGAGAGGAGCUCUACAGUGUGAUGCCCUAUUUUUGUGACACGCCUCUCUUCAGCAUGGAGCGUUCUGCAACUCCAUUGUUUGGAGUGAAGCGCUAUGGCGCCCACCUGAAUGGCUACACUUUGCACAAUGGGCAGAUGUUCAUGUGGUUGGCCAGGAGGGCCCUGAGCAAGCUGACUUACCCUGGCUUGCUGGACAACAUGGCUGCUGGGGGCAUUGCAUCAGGGCUGGGUGUCAGAGACACGCUGGUGAAGGAAAGCCAGGAAGAAGCUUGCAUCCCCGCCUCUCUCACUGCACUUGCCAAAGCUGCCGGAACUAUCAGCUACACCUAUGAGGGUGCACAGGGAGGCAUCUAUGCUGAAUGCCAGUUUGUAUUUGACCUGAAGUUACCUGAAGGUUUUGUGCCCCAGGUGGGAGACGGAGAGGUGCAGCAGUUCUACCUCUGGCCACUUGAGAAGGUGAAAGAGGCCAUUGGAUCUUCAGAUUUCAAGCCCAACUCUGCAAUGGUGGCUCUGGAUUUCCUUAUCAGACAUGGCUACAUCCAACCUGAUGGAGAACCUCAUUAUGUAGAGCUGGUGGAAGGGCUACACCGAACACUCUAGAAGGAAAAGGCUGCCCUUGUGGUUGAUACAGUGGUCUUCUCUGUUGGUUUGUUUUUGCUGGACCAGUGAUCAUGGCAUGGACUUCAGUUGGAUUCAACAAUGGCUGCCCCAGCAGAGCUAUGUGCAGAGCUUUUAGCUCAACAGGUUACUAUGGUAUAAUAUAUAGAUGUUCCCAUAAGUGCUUCAUAACCGAACGAG